GAGUUUCUGUUUUAUUUAACAUUGUUUGCGUCUCUGAUAAUUUAUUCUCUUUGACCUUAGAGAAAGGUUUACACCUCUGUCAAGCUUUUACUUUAUGACACAAGUUUACCCCUCUGACAGAGUUUCCCCUCUUUGACAGAAAUGUACCCUUCUCUGUUCGCCUCUCUCCUCCAUGUUGACUGCUUCUGGCUUCACUGUAUUUGUCGCAGGGGUCGAAACAAGCCGAACUCUUCCACAGGAAAAACCCUCUGUGUACAGGGAGCAGGUCCUGCUCUGAAAACACCGUCUCGAAGCAACACACCACGUUUUCAACUGUUUCUUGGUCGAUGAAAAAGUUCGUGUCGGUUUUUUUUUCUGUCCAUGAUGUGUGUAUUAGUGAGUGUGAGGAUGAGCUGAGUCGGAGUGCUUGUAGCGGAGGAAAGUUUUGAGAAAAGUUGCGGUAAUAAAAUGGAGAGAACAGCUGAGAGUGGGCUGAGGAGGCUGGCGGCGCUGGAGACCUCUACAAUCCUGCCCUCUUACUCCCUGCGUCGAGUGCAACAAAAACAACCAUAAGCUACACUCCGGGAACCCACUGCCCUGUAGAUUCCCAUACCUUACUGACUCCCAGCACUCCUGAAGAAGCACUCGGACAACUGAAACACACACACCCCCACCCACCUGAAACAGAUUGAUAGACUUUGCAUUUGCAUAUUACCCGAGGAGAAGAUCGUUCUCUGGUAGAACCCGGUGACUGUUCUUGUCAUCCUUGUUUAUUGUGGCAUUGAAAGAUCCUGUCUGUGCCUUUGGCUGGCACGGGUUAUGAGGAUGUGCUGCCCGCAUUGGGUGCGAAGGAUCCUGACGUGAUGGGGUGCAGGACGAGCAAGGUCCUCCCAGAACCACCAGCAGACGUGCAGCUAGAUCUUGUCAAGAAGGUUGAGCCUCAGCAAACUGAUGUCUAUAAGAACUUUAUUCGUGUGGAUGGCAGUGACAAGAAAACGGGCUCUCCUUCCCCUCAGGGUCAAAGCCAAGCUACAGGUGCUGCCACUAAUUCCCCUACAGCAGGAAAAGGCCAGCUGGAGCCCUCAGAACCACGGCGAAACAAAGUGGCCAAGUACCGGGCCAAGUUUGACCCUCGGGUGACAGCUAAGUAUGAGAUUAAGGCGCUCAUUGGGCGUGGCAGCUUUAGCCGGGUGGUGCGGGUUGAACACAAGGGUACACGGCAGCCAUAUGCAAUCAAAAUGAUUGAGACUCGAUGGCGUGAGGGUCGCGAGGUGUGUGAGUCGGAGCUGCGAGUCCUGCGGCGUGUACGCCAUACCAACAUCAUCCAGCUGAUGGAGGUUUUCGAGACGGCUGAGCGUGUCUACAUGGUGAUGGAGCUGGCCACAGGGGGUGAACUCUUUGACCGCAUCAUCGCACGCGGUUCCUUCACUGAGCGGGAUGCCACACGUGUACUCCGCAUGGUGCUGGACGGUGUCCGUUACCUGCACAUGCUAGGCAUUACACACCGUGACCUCAAGCCUGAGAACCUGCUCUACUACCACCCUGGUGCUGACUCCAAGAUCAUGAUCACCGACUUUGGUCUAGCGAGUACACGCAAAAAGGGUGACGAAUGCCUUAUGAAAACCACUUGUGGCACACCUGAAUACAUCGCGCCUGAAAUCCUAGUACGCAAGCCUUACACCAAUGCUGUGGACAUGUGGGCACUGGGGGUUAUCUCCUACAUCCUGCUCAGUGGCACCAUGCCCUUUGAGGACGACAACCGCAUGCGCCUCUAUCGGCAGAUCCUGAAGGGGAAGUACAGCUUCUCUGGGGAGCCAUGGCCGAGUGUGUCGAACCUGGCGAAGGACUUCAUUGACCGCGUGCUCACUGUGGACCCGAGCGACAGGUUGACGGCCGGUCAGGCGCUCAAGCACCCGUGGAUUGUUAGCAUGGCUGCUUCGUCUUCCAUGAAGAACCUCCAGCGCUGCAUCUCUCAGAACCUGCUCAAGAGGGCGUCGUCGCGCUGCCAAAGCACAAAGUCAGCACAGUCAACGCGCUCCAGCCGCUCCAGCAAGUCAGGCCGAGCACGACGCGUCAGAGAGAAGGAGUUGAGGGAGCUCAACCGCCGCUACCAGCAACAGUACAACGGCUGAACCUGCAGUCACACUGCACAUGCUGGUACCGACACUCUGGGACCCACUAGACAUGUGCCGAUAGUCUUUUAUGCCAUAUUUUACAAUAGUUUAUUUUUCCUGUCCCUGAACUCUAUUCAUAAGGCAGCCUAAGGUCUUAUAAGAUUUAAAGGCCUCUUCAUAUGGCUCCUUCAUUGUGAAGGCAGUCCCAUAAUCCUUUUCACCAAUGAGAAAUCAAUAAAAUUUGGGAAAAAAGACAGCAAACAGAACAGUCACUUGGUCUUCUCUGACUAAACAAUAAUUUAGUCAUUUUUAGAAUAUCCUUAUACCUUUUGAGAUCUUAAACAAUGAGGAAAAAUUAAGCCAUUAUCUUAAUUAUAAAAUAUCAUAUCGGCACAUGACUAGGACCCACAUGCUGUGAGCGGAAGUGGUAAAGUGGAACAGGAGUGGCGUGUACUUACGAGUCUGAUGGAAGAACUCUGAGAGACAACCCCCUUGCUGACCACAGAGCCAAUUAGCAAAUAAAUAUAUCUCACUCAUUCUCCAGUCCAUCUCUGUGCUUGUGUUUUUCCUUUAUGCUCAUGUUAUUUGUGUGUUUUUUCCCCUUAUUUAUUUAUUGUUAAUGUUUUUCAUUGUUGUAUUGUCUAUGGAGUUACUGUCUGAUUAAGCAUUUUACCUGAUUGUAUCUGUUGAACAGAAUUCUACAUAAUGAAGUUGCUGGAAGGAGUACUAAAUCCGUGUUCGCUGUUUUUUUAGACCUUCCUGAUUUUUGCUGUGAAUUAUUUUUGUUAACCGUUAUAGUUAGUUGCUCUAUAGGGUCAUAUUGAUGCUGUUAAUUGUUUCCCAUUUUUCACAGUUUAUUGAAUUAAUUUCAAAUAUGAAGGUGAAACUAUACCUUUUCUUACUAAAGAACCCACUUGGGUGAAGUCAUUAUUUAUGGGAGCUCUUUACAAUGAGUUCUCUAAUGAUACUGCUUAAAGUAAUUCCUGUCACCUCUAAGCAUUUUGAUUUACAUGAUUGACCUACAGUAUGUAACGCUGAUUUACAGUAAUUUUUGUCUUUAAAUAAAAUGAACACCCUAAGAAUUUGCGCUAAUAUGCAGUACGUUAUGAUUGUAUAAGUUUCAUUCAAACGUAGACAUGUUUUAUAUGUGAUCUUAUUAAUCACAUCAGUCAGCUCAUUAAACCAUUUGACAUAUUUGGUACUUAACUGUACUUUUUUAGAACAUUGGGUACAUUGGGAUUUAUCGCACGAUGAAUGAGCGUAUUUUGUAACCAGGAUCAGCUUGGUAUCUUGUCUUAAUUUAGGAAUCUUCCCACACUUGUGAAAGCGCCCUAAUACAUUUAUUAGUAAACAUUAACGUUGUAUUCAUUUGAAAAAUGAAUUAGGUAUUUUUGGUUCUGCUUUUUCCCCACUGAAGUGGCCAAACAGAUCAAUUUAAAUGCUAUUGAAAAAAUACUUUCUUGUUAGUGUAACAUUCUGCUAUACUUCUCUCAUUCAAGACGUAAAGUUCUUUUAUCAGUAUGAAUCAACACAAGAAGUGAUUUACAAAACAAAACAGUAAAUUCUACUUCUUUUGGGAAAACCACUGUUUUAUAAUUGUGUGUUUUUAACUAAACGAGACGGUUGUUUUUAAGGAAGGAAAUUUAAAAGUGUUAAUAGUUUGAAUUGACAUCUGAUUCAUUAAUAAAAUUUAUCAUUUGCCUCGUUGUCAGUUAAGGAAAUGUGCUGCAAAAAAAGUAGAAAGAGUAGCGAGUUCCUGGAUUUCCAAAGACGUACAGUAUGUGAGUUCAGUUGUUUGUAUAAACCUAGUUUGAUCAAUUUUCCAUUUGAAGCCGCUGAUACAACACUGUCUCUUGAAGGAAAAGUGUAAAUAUGUGUUGUGUUUGUGUUGUUUUUGUUUUAAUGAAGAUUAAUGUUGGAACCCCCCCCCCCAGAAUACUGAAUUGUUAGUUGUUUUUUUAAUCAAAUGUCUCAAUUAAAGAGUUUCAUGUAAGAUGUUCUGCUGUUGUUCGGUUUUCUCUCUUCUAUUAUUUGAGCAACAGCCCUGUGCCAAGGUGUAUUCCCACCUCUCGCCCCAUUGAUCCUGGGCUAAGCUCCAGAUCCAACACGAUACUAACCAGUAAAAAGCGCUUACUGCAGUACGGAAGACGAACAAAUUAAUGUAGUGCUGCACCUGAAGUACAUACAUUUUACAGUUCGUUGCAUGCCACUUAAGUGUGAUUGAUCUUCUUGCAUACAAUUAUAACUGAAUUCAUGAUCAUAUAAAAUUGUCAUUUUUUAUAGCGCCAUCUGUGGUCAUAAUAUGAAUUACAUAUUGAUCACUUUUGUGCUAUAAUUAUUUCAGAUUAAUGUUAUGCAAGGAAAUGUAUUAUAGUUAGUUUUUUUUUAAUCUAGGCUAGUUUUAUUUAUUUUUUAUUUAUGAUUAGAAUAUAGAAAAGAAGAGCACAGAAAUAUAAUAACUGUACUUGCCCUUUAUGAUAUUUUCUGCAUUUCGGU